UAGAGCGAACAUCCUCCACCGCCUACAUUUGAGCUCUGAGGUUGGAAAGCAAAGAGUGACCAUGUAUCUUCAGUUCUACAUCAAUGAGAACGGGGACAAAGUCUACACCACUAAGAAAGAAUCACCGCUGGGGCUGGCUACGCAAUCUGCCCACCCUGCUCGCUUCUCCCCGGAUGACAAGUAUUCAAGGCAAAGAUAUCUUUUGAAGAAGCGCUUUGGAUUGUUGCCAACCCAGCAGUCUCCUCUCAAAUACUGAAGACCUCACGGGGGAACCUCAGCUGCAUUCAUGUCCCUUUGGUGUUUCUCGUGGCCAGAAAGUCUUCCUUUGGAAGUGUCUCUGACUUACUAGGAAUGUUAUCUUGUUGAACAUUUGCUUUUGGGAUUGUAAUGUAGUAGUGGCACAUAUCGUUGUAGACUGCUUAUUAUUAAGAGUACUUGAUUUCUAUAAGUUU